AUGUUGCUACCUAUGAUAUAUCGUUCUGUAUUACGCUAUCUGACAGCGACUGAUUUGUUGCGUCCAAUUUGUGCACCGUCCAAUUUCGUCCGUUUGAGAGCACUCUCUGCUCGAGCCACCAGCGAUGCACCACCUACGGAAGCAGCAGAUGAUGAAGAGCAAACUACUGACGGAGAGAUCGAUUACGAAGAUCAGUUGAAGGCGCUGAUGCCAUCCGAAAGAGUGUGGUCUGCUGCACCAUUCAAGCAUCACAAGAAGCUCAAAGAAGUUAUCAAGGAAUUGGAGAUCUUCGCCUAUAUGGGAAAUUUCGUUCCGAAACAUUUGACGGACGACGAUUGGUACCGGAUUUUGAAUACUACCGAUUCAGUUGCUGAUCGUGUUUCCUUCCUGGAAUAUGUUGCAGUGAAACAACGCCGCGAAGAAAGAGAUAAAUUGAGGAAAAGCUCCAAAGCGGAAGAGUAUGCAGCAAAGUUGGACGAAGAGAGAGCAAAAUUCGAGAGAGGAGAAAUGGGUUAUGGACCGGAUCUUUAUCAAUUGAUCCACAAUCCAAUGAGGAACAGAAAGAGUGAGGAUCAGCUAGAAGAAGUUCACAGGUUUUUUAACAGCAAUUACGUGCUUCUUGCAGAGAUCAAUAUGGCCCAGGGAGCAAGAAUUGUGUCGACUUUGCGCUGUGACGAAGCUCCCAAAAUUGUUUUUGAUCUGCAAUAUAUGUUCAACGAGAAACCACGCGUGCAAUCCGAACUCGGCAAUCAGUUGCAGUAUGUUAUCAGCGAAAAUUUGGAUUCAAGAACGCCUUUGCACAUGACUUUUGCGAACUUCCCAGAUACCUAUGAAGCACAGGAAUGGUUAAACCGACACGCAAGAGACAUGAUUGAUGGUCCGUUAGACGUUGGAGCGAUUGCAUUGUGUGUAUCCAAGGAUACGGCUAGAGAAGCACUUGGAGCAGCUCGUCGUGGACGUAUGAGAGCCGUACGCCUUCCUAUAAAGAAAUAUGUGAAGUGGCAGAAAGGACCAAUGUACUUGCCGUUCCCUAACAUAUUGAGAAUAUUCCGUGAAGUUCAUCUAAGUGGUGGAGAUUGGGAAAACGCAUUGCUCAACAACAUCAGCAAGCGCCACCUUCUAAGUCCAGAAGGAAGACCAGGAA